AUGGGAUUACUCUCGAACAAGAUCUGCAGAGAUGAUCUGAAACCAGGAGAUCACAUCUAUUCAUGGCGUUCUUACAUCUACUCCCAUCACGGAAUCUAUAUCGGCGAUGGGAAAGUCAUUCAUUUCACUCGUGGAGAUGGUCUAGAGAUCGGAACAGGGACUUUCUUAGACAAGAUCAUCGUUAGCUCAGUUCCGAAUCAUGGAGGAGACAACAAUCCGUGUCUUAACUGUGGAGACCAGACCAAUCUCGAUGGUGUGAUCUGUUCUUGUCUUGAAUGCUUUCUCUCCGGAGGAAACCUCUAUCUCUUCGAAUACAAUGUCUCUAAGGCUGCCUUUGUCGCCAAACAACGAGGAGGUACCUGCACAAUAGCAACUUCAGAUCCUUCUGAUGAAGUCAUUGCCCGUGCUAAAUUCCUCUUAUCGAGAAAUGGGUUUGGUCAUUACGAUCUUUUGGAGAACAAUUGUGAAGAUUUUGCAAUCUAUUGUAAAACUGGUUUGAUUGUCUUAUCAAUUACAAAGUUGGGAUGUAGUGGUCAAGCCAAUUUGGUGUCUGCAGCAGGUGGUUUUGUUUCUUCAACACUCAAUGCUUUCGGGGUGAAGAAGAGCGGACAAGUAGCUUCGAUGGCGUCUCCAGCUUUGAUGUUUUCUGCUGCAAGCAAUGUUCUUACUACUACACUCGGACUUGUGGUUACUGGUGUUGGUUGUAUGGCUUUAGCGGGAUAUGGUACCUACUGUAUUGGUCGUCUGGUUUACGACGUUGGUGUGAGAAGAGAUGUUCGCAAGGUCCCUGUGGAAGACCUCGUCGUGCUUAUAUCAGCCAUGAAAGGCAAAUUGGACAACGACAACAACAAGACCUGUAAGAUUAGUUAG